UGUCUUCCAUCAGGCUUCCUCUGAGGCGGCCCUGCACGACAUCCUUCACCUUCGCUUCCUUCGGCGAUAUGAAAAGCCACAAAACAACCACGUCGCUAACAAUGGCCAUGAAGCCCAAUCACGCGUCUUACCUCGUUUCAAGCGCAGCAAUCGACCGGGGAACUUGGGCAUACACACGGUCUACGGAGGGAGAUGUUCUCGCGCUGUCUGGACUGUGGGGCCGUUAGGUUCGGUGUCGCAGACGGGUCCGAUGCUGAAGGUCGAUUUCAUGUUCCCACGACAACCACCCCCAGCAGCGACGACUCUUCUCCCGCGACAGACCCAGAACUUGAACCCACAGGGAAGGCCCGACAAAAUGCCGCCGUCACCUUGCACCCGCUCUCCUCUGGCAAGGACAUCUUGGUCAAAGAGCACAAGCCUUGGGUAACCAUCGAAGAAUCGCUCGGCAGCCCAUUCACAUUCACAUUCACCCCCACCGCGAGACCCUUGCAACACGCGUCGAACGCCUGCUUCGCUGGGUCAAGCCCCGUGCUGCUCGCCUCCGGCCGGCAUGUUCCGGUGCGUUGGCUGCGACGCGGAGCCGUUGUCCUGACUCCGCGAGGACCCCGUCGCGUGGCAGCCGUGUUGAUCACGCCCGUCAGGCGCGAGGUUAUGUGCCGCGUGCACGGCGUGGUAAUAACACCGUGGCAUCCCGUGAGCCCGCCAUCCUUGCGGCGGCACAGCGGCAGGGGCCAUGGCAGCACGAGCGGGAACAGCAGCAGCAGGAUGUUGGCGUGGGGAAAGUUGCCGCCGUCCGGCUGGGCCUUCCCCGCGCAGGUGGCGGAAUCGGCGGUGCGGUACACGGGCUGCAUCUAUUCGGUGUUGCUGGAGGAGGACCGGGACCCGGCGGCCCACGCGAUGCUGGUGGGAGGAGGGGGAGGAGGGGUCUGGGCCGCGACGCUAGGACACGGCAUCGUGGCGGGGCGGGACGACGACGUUCGGGCGCACCGGUUCUUCGGGGACUACCGGGCCAUCGUGGAGGAGUUUCGGAGGCUGGGUGUCAGGCAGGGCGGCAUCGUCGUCGGGGAUGGCACGAGGAGGGAUCCGAGGACCGGACUGGCGUGCGGUUUCCGUCGGCUGGUUGGUGAGAUGCCCGCGAAGGCAGCCGAAAUCAAGGACCGCUGCAGGCAGAGCCGGUGGAAAUGAGACGAGCUCAAUAGCAACGCCAAUGCCAACGGUCGUCUGCUUCGGAUACUUCGUCUUCACUGUCGCUUUUGCAGUCCUUCUCGACUACCCCAGUGACCAAGCCAAUUCAUUCGACCGGCCUUCUGCGUGAAGUUGUGAACUCUUGUCCUACCGACG